AUGACAAAUCAUAUUAGUGCCAAAUCAAUUGGACAGCUUGCAAUAAAGGUUUUUUCUAUCACACCUCAUUCAGCUGACUGUGAAAGAGUUUUUUCAGCUCUAGGUUGGUUAUACAGUAAACGACGACAAAAACUUUCUCUGUCUCGAAUUCAAGCCAUACCGCAAAUUAGAUCUUUUUAUAUUUCAAAUAUAAAAAAUAAGUUGGCUUUUUUUGGAAAAACGUUGUUAUCUAGUAAUUUAAAGGAGCUAGUAGUGGCAGCAACUUUUUUGGUUGAAAGUU